ACAUUAUUAGGGUGAAUUUCAUAAACAGAAAAAAUAAGAAAAGAAAAAAAUAGACGUGUAAAGAUUAUUAGAAUUAUUUACGGUUUUAUGUAAAAUAAACUUAAUUAUUUAAUAAAAAUUUACUCUAAAUUUAAUUUAAAAUAAUAAUUCCAUUUGUUUUUAAUAUAAAACCAUAAAUUUUAACUGCAAAAUAAAGGAAUGUAAGGCAAAAACUAAAACAAGAAAAUUAUUGAUUUUUUACCACAAAAAAAUAGUAGAAGAAAAAACAACAAAGAAACUAUUUAGCAGAGAAAAAUAAAACAAAAUUUAAAAGAAAAAAAUGUUGUAUAAUAAAACAAAUUAACAACAUUUUAAAAAUCAUUAAUAAUUUCCAUAAAAUUGUACAUACGUGGCUGCAAAUUUCGAAAAAAAAAGCAAGAAAAAUUAACACAAAAAACAGCAGAUAAAAAUCUAAACGUCUGACUAACAUUAGAGCUAGAACAACAACAAUAACAAAUAUUAAAACGUUAUUACCUUCAUCCCUCCUACAACUUACAGCUAAUAUUAAACCAACUUAUCGUCAUAUGCUGGAUUUGUGGUUGAGUUGUAUAAAGAAUUAGUGAGUGGGACCGCUAGCAGAGGAAGAAGAAAUAGAGGGGAAGCAGAAUUUUGUAAACAAAAUAAACUACAAAAACAAUAAACUUAGAAGUUAUAAUAUUUUAUUAGUAUUUUAGCAAUAUGUUUGCAAAUUUUAAAAGCCGUUUAGCUUCAGUUAUAGCUCCCGAUAUACCAGCUUUACCCUCUAGCCAUGAUCAUCAUAUACCGCGUGGCUCCUCUCACUAUCAUCAGCGCAUGUUGCAGCAACAACAGCUACAAGAUAAAUUCGCCUAUGCCCGUCCUCCUUUCCUACAGUUGUUGACACCCGACGAACUUAAGGCAUCGGCCGAUCACAAUGUCCGGCCCAUUAUAGUACCGCGAGACAUUGGCCUGCUGCCCUGGGGUACCGGCUAUGCAGAGUGUGUUAAUUCGGGCAAAUCAGAAUGGAAUGAAGACCAGGGUGCCUUUUGCCGACAAGUUCUAUCAGAUCCUACACACCAAUAUCCUGAUCUCCCUUAUACAUAUUUUGGUAUAUUUGAUGGUCAUGCUGGUUAUGGCGCUGCUUUGGCAGCUUCACAUCAAUUUCAUCAUAUAUUGCAUGAAAAACUGGUCGAUUGCAUUGAUUUACUGUUGCCUCGAGAGGGUAUGGAAGAUUUAAUACCCAACUCUGGGCUCAACAAAUCACAAACUGUAAAUUCAUUUCCUCAUCCGAGCCAUUUUCAGCGAACAGUUUCAAAAGAUGAACUAAUUAUAGGAGCACUAGAAAGUGCCUUCAUACAUAUGGACUCAUUAAUAGCCCAAGAUCGUGAUCGUUAUCGUGAUGCGGGCGGUUGUACGGCCUGUGUUUCGCUAUUCAUAAAUGGUAAAAUGUAUGUUUCAAAUGCCGGAGACAGUCGUGCUGUUUUGUGUCAAAGAAAAGUGAUAAAUGGAAAACAACAUGAUGCCGCAAACUCUGAUGGCUCAGAGGGUUCUUUUCCCGAGCCCUUCUCUUUUGAUCAUACACCCGAAACCGAAAGAACACGUCUACUGGGUGUGGCUCAAUAUAAACCUCAUUUGAUGGGUAAAUAUUAUACUGCCAUGGAAUAUGCCAAACGGCCACAUGAGCGUGACUUAGGUCAACGUAUUUUAUGUCGAACGGGAACCAACAAAGGUUGGACCUAUAAGACUUUAACGCGUGAUGACUUAAAAAUGCCUGUAGUAACGGGUGAGGGUAAACGUUCCCGGCUGCUGGGUACUUUAGGUGUUACACGUGGUUUUGGUGAUCAUGAUUUGUUGGCCAUAGCCACAGGUACGCUGAUAAAACCAUUCCUCACAGCACAGCCAGAAGUUAAUUACAGAGAUCUCACAAAAAUUGUAAGCAUUCCAGAUGAACACAAUGAAGACGGUGACUAUGGCAUUCUUGUCAUGGCCACCGAUGGCCUUUGGGACGUUUCCGAAAACGAAGCUGUUGCCCGCACGGUCUUUCAAACAUUGCACAAAUAUCCAACCGAAAAACAUCGUUACACAAUGGUGGCUCAGGAAUUAGUUGCCAAGGCUCGUGGAAAAAUUAACGAUUAUGGUCAUUGGCGUUUGGCCGAUAGUAAAGCUGCUGCCACAGUCGAUGAUAUAUCCGUGAUAGUUAUACCCGUCUAUCAGUAUUAUAAGGAACAUGUAGAGUAUGAACAAAAAUGUCUACGUGAAUAUCGUGAACGUUUGGAACGUGAAACGACAGCGCAAGCAUUGGAGGCGAAGGAGGAAGAACAGCAGCAGCAACAACACGAACAAAUUAAUUCUUUAGUCAAUGGUAUGCAAGAAAUGGCUCAUGUAGUAGUCGAACCAGAAGUAGAGGAAAAAGAGGUCAGUACGGAGGCGGUUACUAAGGAGAUUCUUAGUGAAUCGGUGAUGACUGAGGAAGAGAGUAAGGAAAAGUUGGAAAGUGCUGAAGAGCAAAAAAUUGAAGAAGAUGAUUUAGAUAAAACAUUGGAACAAUUCGAAGCUGUUAAAGAGCCAAAGGAGUUGGAAAAAGAAGAUACAUCGCCAGAAAAAACAUCUCCCACUAAAUCAAAGCAACAGCAACGUAAAAAUCAACGUAAAGAUAAACGUUAAUUAAUAAAAUAAUAAAUAAUAGUUUUAAAUAAAGCUUAAUAAGAAAUAGUAAAUACAAAUUCAAAAUAAGCAAAAAUAAAAAAAGUAAUAAUAAAAUGUUCUAUUGUUUUCAUAAAUUAUGUAUGUAUGUAAAUUUAUUUUAGUCAUUUAUUAACAUAAAUAUUAUUGAAAAAAAACCUUUAAUUAUUUUAUAAAAUUUUGCCUUCUUGACUUUCCAUUUUUUUACAUACACUACAAAAAAAACAAACUCAAUUAUACAAAAAUAAUUCCUUUGGUUGCAUAUUAUAAACCACAAGUGAGCAAAGCCACAUUAAAUUUAAAAAACUUGCAAUUUUAUUUAAAAACGAAACGAGUAAACCUAAUACACUUACAUAUAUAUUUCAUAAUUUAAAACAAAUAUGCUGUAUAAAUUAUUUUUUUAAAAAUAAGUUCUAUAUUAAAAAAUAAAAUAAUUAUUGUAAUUAAUCAUUUAUAAAUAAAAUUAAUAAAGAACAAAAUACCACAAAGAAACAGAAAAUAAGUUGAGUGAACUAAAUAGAAAAGAAUUACAUACAAAGAAAACAAAAUCAAUUAAACGUUUGCAAUGAAUUUAGAAGAUUAGAAAGAAAACUUUGAAACAAAAAUAACAAAACAAUAAAUGCAAGUUAAUAAAAUAAAUAAUUAAAAAUAAAUAUAAACAAAAACAGAAAACUGUAACAAAAUAGAUAACAAAAUGCUAUUCAUUAUACAAUACAGAAAUAUUUGUUUAUUUUAAACAAAUAUAAUAGUAUUCAAUAAAAAUUUUUUAAAUAAAACAAAAAAUC